AUGGCGUCCCCCUACCCAGCCUCAAUGUCGUUCUCACCGCCCGCAGCCGGCUCUGACAUGACCGCCGCUACCUCCCGAUCCGUAUCCGACCUCCCGCAGUCCCAAGUUGACGCGAUUAUCCGAACAAAACGAAAGGCGCGCGAACCUAAAGCCUGUUAUCCCUGCCAUGCACGCAAAGUUAAAUGCGACCGUAAUCUGCCGUGCGACGGCUGUGUCAAGCGCGACCAUCCCGAUAUCUGCUCGUACGAGCGGCCGUCCAAAAAAAGGAUUAUAGCGAGUUCAGUCCCUCCGUCAUACAACGACAGCCCCGCCGGAGCCUCUCAUCCCAGUGUGCCAGAGCAUACGGUGUCAGCUGCCCAGGAGGAGCCUCGUCUGCGGAUCAAGCAGGAAGCCGGGGCAAGUCGGAUUAACUCCUUGGGAUCGGGGAACCGUAUAUCCAUUGCGCGGGAGGAGUGGGACAAUGUUCGCAACAGGCUGAAGGAGAUGGAGAAGACUAUUUCGAACCUACGAGUUGGACUGGAACGGGCCGAGGAGGGCCCCGGUGGGAUCCUGGAGACGGGCAGUGCGCAUAGCGCUGAUGGGAGUAAUCGGUCCAAGGCUGCUUCUCCGGAACGGGAGGGCAUCCAUGCAGCGAACACGUUGGGCGAAGGCACUGUGCACUUGGGAUCUCGAUCCGUCCUGGCGUACAUUCUCAACAACAAGUCCGGGUCUGAUCAGCUCCAGGCGCUCCUUGAGGGUGGGAUCCUGCCGAAGUUGGGUCUCGACAAUGAGUCCGCUACAUAUCCGUUCGUUGAUCUGUGGUCUUCGGAUAUGUCGACAUUUGACAUUAGCGCAGUCUGUAGUGCGCUUCCAAGUGAUCAGCAGUGCAAGGAAUUUUUCUUCUACUAUCGGGACGUCGCAGGCGCCAUUUACCCUGUCAUUGAGGAUAUCCAGCAGUUUGAAAUGAAUCUCGAUCUUUUAUUACGGAGUAGAGCAUCUAUGGGCGGCGUAUUCCGAACGGACACGGAUCAAGCACAGCGGCCUUUCGGUGUGACUAUAGCCUACUUGGGCCUGCUCUUCGCCGUGCUGGCUUCCGGCUGUCAAUCAUCUGACUUGCCUGGAAAAGAGAGAGAACUGACUUCUCAAGUCUAUGUGUGCUGCUCCUACCAAUGUCUCCGGAUGACCAAUUUCCUAUCGCAACCUACCAUCGACGCCAUUCAAACUCUGCUGGUGAUUGGUAACGUGUUGUCGUACAAUAUGAACCCAGGUAUCUCUUAUGUCUUGCUUGGCAUGACACUUCGUAUGGGGCUUGCGCUUGGUCUCCAUGUAGAAUCGAGUCGCUUCUCACUAGAGGAGCGCUACCGUAGACGACAUGUUUGGUGGUCUAUGGCAUGGCAGGACAGUCAUUUCUCUCUCUCUUACGAUCGACCGUCAACCACCGCCGUCAGUCAGCCUGAUAUCGCGUACCGCGAAGACUCGAAGCCCGGGGAGCUUUCGUACUUUGAAACUCUUUGCCGCAUAAUCUCUCUGGCCCUCGAAGUCGUACGCUCGCGGAUGCUUAGCUCUCACUCGCAAAUGAGCUAUAAAACCAUACAAACUUAUAAAGAGAGGAUCCAACAAAUCAUGAUUGAAGCCAAACCGCAUUUGCGUGACCGCAAGUACUGCCUCUCAUCGACGGAACAUUUGGAAAGAGUUGUACUGAAGCUGCAUUCUUCCUACUUUUCUUCCGAGCUGCUGCGUCCAGCACUCAAGUCCCCACCCGAAUCGAACGAUCCAACUACCAGCAGUAUGCGCGCUGACUGUGUGAGGAAUCUGAUGACAACUGUCGAGGCAUACAUCGAGAUGCAUACAAUCAGUUCUCAUGCGUCCCGCUCCUGGAUUACUUUGCAGCGAGCGAUCAGUUCAAUGUUCCUUCUAGCAGUCACGGAGGAGUCUAAGACGGACCCUCAGUUUUGGACCCUGUUGCGCCAGCUCAAGAACAUCAUCGGCGAACGCGCCAAUGAAGAAGGCACAGCGUACAAUACAGUUCCCGGAGCUGCGAACAUGACGGGAACUAGUCCUGCUGCUCUUGACCCGACCUCUCCAGAGUCUGCUCCCAUACCGCUUGAGGCGCAGACCCAGUGGGCUAAGCCUUUAACCAAGACCUACCGUGCUUUAGAAAAGCUAGAAGCUGCAUUCCUUGGCAACCGCGCUGCCGCCCACAAUGGCAGCUCAGCAUAUCGGAACGCCUCAGCGGGUUCAGCAACCGCAGCCAAUCUUGUUCCUCCAGUAACUGUCGGUGCUAUGACACCUAGCAUUGGGUCGCUGCCGCCUCCGACGCCUGAGAGUUCCACGAGUGGGGAAUGGACCAUACCUACUAUCCUUGACCGCGCGUCCGAGUACAUUCAUCCUCCGCUUUGGAGCUGA